AUGCAGAGUAGGCUGUGCCUGUGGGCAGCGACGAAAUGUAGUCGCUCUGCCAGUGAGAGCCAAAUCGGACAGGGCAGUCGCAACAACCUCAAGACCUCUUCUAGCCAAGGAAUGUCUCGGGGCGCGGAAAGUUUUAAAACGCUGGAAUGGUGUCUAAUAAGGUGGAUCGCAAGGGGCAUAACUUAUCGCAAAGCUUCAGUACUAUGCAGUACCGGAACCGCCCUGGGUAAUCGCAGACGUGAGAUAAGUACUGGCCAAAAUCGGACCUCGGGCGUGCUGUCUUUAUCGAGGCGUAGGGAGAUCUACAAGCUAUGUUCGCAAUUCGACAUAGUCCUGAUCGAGGAUAACCCAUACUUUAGCCUCUACUACCCUCCUUCAGCGGGAGGGGAGACGUUCGACGGCGCGUCGUUCCCCUACGUACUCUUCAACGAGCUCGUGCCCAGCUUUCUCCGUCUCGAUACUGAGGGCCGCGUCAUAAGGCUGGACUCGUUCUCCAAGUCGAUUGCUCCAGGCUGCAGGCUCGGAUGGAUAAUGGCCAGCCCGACCGUGUGCCAGCAUCUCUUCUCUAUUGUUGACGACACAACGCAGCAGCCGUUGGGUUUCGUGCAAGUUGUGAUUGCGCGGCUGCUAUCCGAGCCCGACGGGGACGACGCCAACGGUAGUAGCAGCAGGACCUCCUGGGGCUUUCAAAGCUGGGUUGGUUGGCUCCAGGGUCUACGGUCGGCGUACCGACGUCGCAUGGUCAAGAUGGCAACGGUGCUCGAAAGGGGUAAGCACGUUGCUACAGCGUCGACCACGAACGGCGGCGGCGAGGACAACAAGGUGGCAAUGUUUGAUUUCCGCUGGCCCAUGGGCGGAAUGUUCCUCUGGGUCGAAGUAAAGAUCAAGAACCACCCGCUCGCCGUAUCCGUCGACCUGAGGAGGCUGAUGCGCGACCUGUGGAUCAAAUGCAUCCGCCCCCCUUACCUCGUCCUGACGGUAACGGGGGACGACUUCGCCGAGACGGAGGCGGUCAAAACUGGGCGCGGGUACAAGUUCCUUCGGUUCUGCCUUGCGGCCAUAGAAGAAGACCUGCUCGAGGAAAAGCCGGCGUCCUUUGUCCCCGCUUACCGGGACUUUUGGUCGAUCCGGAGGAAAGAGGAUGUUGAAAGAAUGAUAAAGGAGGAGGAAGCUUACCAGGUUACCACCUCUUAA